AUGGAUCGUCUAGAGAGAAGACUGACGGUAGCUUUCCUCCUCCUCCUGCCUCUUCUGUCCAUAAGCUGUGCUGCACAUCAAAAAACUACAGUCUCCUGGUGUGUAUUGUCUGACGCUGAAGAGCAGAAGUGUCUGGAUUUGGCCGGGAACGCCACAGCUCGGAAUAUUCGAGGAACUUUGGAAUGUGUCCGUGGUGAGGACACCAAAGAUUGUUUAGACAAAAUCAAGGAUGGGAAAGCGGAUGCAGCCUCCAUGUUUGCAGAUGACAUCUACGCUGCCGGCCUCUGUCAUGGCCUGGAGCUCGCUGCAGGAGAGUCCCACAAUGGAGAGGAUGGCUAUAGCUACUACGUGGUGGCGAUGGCCCGCCGCUCUUCCUCAGACCUGUCCCUGCUGGAGAUGCACGAGCGCAGCUCCUGUCACCCCGGCAUCCGCACCACCGUGGGCUGGACGGUUCCCAUCGGAUACCUGGUCAACACCUCGCAGAUCAGCAUUGGGGAGCAGUGCAACUUUCCCAGAGCCGUUGGGAACUUCUUUGGUUACAGCUGUGUGCCGGGUAUUAAGGAUGAGCAGCACGACCCCAAAGGAAACAACCCCAAGAACCUGUGCGAGGCCUGCAUCGGAGACGACAACGACCGACACAUCUGUGCAAACAACCCCCGAGAGAGACACUACGGAGAGUCCGGGGCGCUGAGGUGUGUGGCAGAGAACCUUGGCGACGUGGCCUUUGUAAAACACUCAACCAUCUUUGACAAUUUGGACGGUAAGAACCAGGAGUCGUGGGCGAUGGAUCUGGAGCAGGAGGACCUGAAGCUGCUGUGCCCUGACGGGACAGAGGCCAAUCUGGACGAGUUUGAGCAUUGCCACCUGGCAGCUGUCCCCGCCAACGCUGUGGUGGUGCGCGUGGAGGACAAAUGUCGCGUCUGGAAGUUCCUGGAACGUUUACAGAAUGCGUUUGGCAAUGCCAACGAGGGGUUCCGCCUGUUCAGCUCAGCGGGGUACGGAAAAUCCAAUGUGCUUUUCGAUGAUGACACCCACCACCUGCAGAGGGUUCUGGGUAGUUACACCUCCUGGCUGGGCCCCACUUACACCACCGUGCUGCAAGCCUUCGAGUGUGAGGGCUUCUGCUGAUGGAGCUGGAG